AUUUCUGCUCCUUUGGGUAGCCUGUGUAUUUCAGCUUACAUCUGCCUCGCUUUCGUCCUCUUGAAUGUCUGCUGAGCCAAAAUGAGCGACGGGACAGCUACCAUCAGAACGAGAAAGUUCUUGACGAACCGACUGCUUGCUCGCAAGCAAAUGGUGGUAGACAUACUCCACCCUGGCCGUGCCAGCGUGCCAAAGACAGAGAUCCGUGAAAAGCUGGCCAAAAUGUAUAAGUCAACAGCAGAUGUGAUUGUCUGUUUUGGCUUCAAAACUGCAUUUGGUGGUGGCCGCAGCACUGGUUUUGCCCUGAUCUACGACAACUUGGAUGCUGCCAAGAAGUUUGAACCAAAGUACAGACUUGCAAGGCAUGGACUUUAUGAGAAGCCCAAGACCUCCAGGAAACAGCGCAAGGAGAGGAAGAACAGAAUGAAGAAGGUUAGAGGUACCAAGAAAGCCAAGGUUGGCCAGGCGGGCAAGAAGUGAUCUGUCCUGCUUCCUUAUUGGUCUCUUGUAUGUGAAGAUGUAAUUAAAAUGCACAAUCUCCAA